CACUCUCUUACACCGUCGGCUAAAAUAAACUUGGUGAAGUAAGUGCUGGAGGCAUCCCGAGUUCAGUUUUAUACYGACUCUGCUGAGGAGUGGAAGAGUUGACCGUGGAAGCAUCUCAGAUCCAGCACAGACCACAGAGACCAGUUCAAGCAGACGGGCACCUGUAGUCAGGGAACGAACAUUGACGAUGAUGAAAUCAGGGCUGGACGACCUGACCAAGCAGAGGAUGCUGCAGUCUAGAGCUCUGUCUCAGGAGGCCCGAGGUCUGAACUUGGGGAAGAAGAUCAGUGUUCCUAAAGACGUGAUGAUUGAGGAGCUGAACCUUGCAUCUAAUCGAGGCUCUCGCAUGUUUCAGGAGAGACUGAAGAGGGCCGACAAGUUCACUGUGGAGAACGCCUCCAUCGGUCCUUACUACACCGGUGUUCACCUCGAGGCCGAACCUCCCCAGCAGCUAGCCCCCYUGCCACAGGGAGGAAAAGAGAACCAGGCAUUCUCAGUCCCUGGUAAGCACAGCCUGGUCAUGAACCUUCAGAAGACUGUAGCAAAGAAGGGCAGUCCCGGUGUCCUGGCUCCAGGGUAUUCUGGACCUCUGAAAGAAAUUCCCCAUGAGAAGUUCAACACAACAGUAAUCCCCAAAUCCUAUUGCUCCCCGUGGAGAGAAGCUUUGGGAGACAGCGAAGAGCUUCUGAACGCCCUCAACACCCAGCUGCCACAGGUCCCACAAAGACUAGAGCCUGCCAACUACAGGUGCUUCAACAGAUCUGCAAUGCCAUUCGGGGGCGCGAUGGCCAGCAAGAGAGUGAUCCCAGUUAUUGGCUUCGAGGCCGUGGAGACCCAGAAACUGCCCGGAAACACUUUGGACCGCAUGUACCGACGACCCAACUUCAACAGAGCACCCAGAGGAUGGGGCAUCGAUUUCAGUCCUGAAUCUAAUGAACUCUGAAAAKAAGUUAAACUAAGGACUAAAGUAGAAACGUCUUCCUCUUACAGAAGAUCCUUCUGGUGAUCAUAAGGAAAGUGAAAAAUAACCCCAUGACGUGAUAAAUUGAGUCAGCUGCUACCGAUUCUGGUUUUGAGCAGUUGAGCCAAAGGCUGCUGGUUUAUAAAUAGUCAAAUCAGGUUGAUCAGUCUUAUAGCCUUGCUUUAGUUCUGUAGCUUUAUCUAUUCAUCGCACAAAACAAAACCAUGACUCAUUUACAGUGGGACAAUCUGGAUUCAACGGAGCUAUUUUAAUGAUUUAAAAAAACAUUAAAAAAACCCAUACAAUAAAGUAAUGAUGCUGUUGGAAUUUAAGAUUGCAUUUACUAGUAAACAAAACAAAACAAAACAAAACAAAAACACACACAAAGUCAACAUAACUGAAGAUGAACAGAUUUUAAAAUGCUCCUCAGAAUUCAGCUCUAUGUUUAAUUCAAAAACAAAAUUAACAUGAAAUAAAGGGGGUUUCAUAUGUACACCAGCCCUACGUGGCUCUGGUUAUGUUGGUUAGUACGCUUAAGUCUUUUUUUACAGUUUCGUUACUUAUCAUUUGUAAGAAGUGAAGUCAUUAUGUGCGACCCAUGCUGGAUUUUCCUGUGACACAGACGGUGCUCUUUCAGUUCAUUUCCUUCUCUGCAGGUGGGAUUAUUAAACAACUAAUUCCAGCGGKGCUCAUUUCCACUAAAAGUCGUAUUCGGGUCUGCAGCAGCCUUUU